AUGUCUUCAUCCAUCUUCUUCCGGUUCAAGUCCCGCAAGGAUGCGCUGCAAAUCAAUUUCGACGGCACCAGUCUGUCUGUAUUUGAAGUGAAGCGCGAGAUCAUGAACAUCUCACGCAUGGGUGAUGGCAAGGACUUCGACCUCGAGAUCUACAACCCAGACACCAACGAAGCCUACAACGACGACAUCACGCAGAUAGCUCGCUCAACGACGGUCAUCGCAAGGCGGCUGCCUGCAUCGAAGCCAGGAGCAGGAAGAGCAGCACGUUAUGUCACUGGUCAGAUGCCAGUCCAUGCGAGAACGAACCGCAUUGAGGCGAAGAGUGCGCCAUCUACUGCUGGUAUGAAUCUAGCUGCGAUGACGGAGGAGGAGAAGAUGGAGGCUAUGUUCAAUCAAAGCAAAGAUCAGAUGAGAGCAGACAUGCAGAGUUCCGCUGGCAGACCUGUACACAAGACCACCCACAAGUCUUCUGCUGUACCUGAUAAGCCGCUGCCUCCCGGCUAUAUGUGUCAUCGUUGCGGCAAAGGUGGUCACUGGAUCCAAGCAUGUCCUACCAACAAUGAUCCCAACUUUGAGCGCGGACACAAGUUCAAGCGCACUACUGGUAUCCCAAAGUCUUUCCAUGUGGCAAUCGACGUUGAGCACGCCAUCGGCGAAGAUGGUCAGGUCGAUCCCACCAAGCUCGGAAAAGGUGCAAUGUACACCCAGGACGGUAAAUGGGUCAAGACCAAGACCGAUGAGGUUGCUUGGCAGAAGUUGCAGGAUCAGCAGAAAGCUGCAGCAGAGAAGGCGAAGGAGGCAGCGUCAGGUAGCCAGGAGCUUCGUGAUCGUGGACUAGAGUGCUCAAUCGACAAUCGUCCUUUUGCAAACCCACACAAGACUCCGUGCUGUGGCAAGACAUAUUGCUUCGACUGCAUCGAGCGAAGUGUUCUUGAGUCGAGUGAUCUUACCUGUCCGAACUGCGGAGAGCAAGUCAUUCUCGACGACCUACAACCAGACACAGAGACUGCCAAGAAGCUGUCAGACUUCGAAGCGGAGCAGAAGAACGACAAACAACGAAAGGACAAAGAAGCAUCACAGAGUCCUGCCGCGGGCACGCCAGAACCUACCAACGCCAAGUCUCCAUCUGCAUCACCAGGAACCAAGGCCAACGGUGGCGACUCACCAGCAUCGGCAAAGUCCGACUCCAAGAAGCGCAAGGCAGACGACGAGCUCGAGAACAAGCGUCGUCCGAGCAACCCAGCUGAGAUGAAAAAGACGGCAUCUAAGCAGGGCACUCCUCAGCCACCAACAGGUCCCGCAUCGCAGUCUGUUACACCACAACCGCCCAAGGGACCAAAGGCUAUGGCACCGAAGAGCUUCCAAGAGGAUUUCAAAGACACGAUGAACAACAUGUUUGGCUCCAUGCCAAAUGCUCAAGGUGGUAUGAACGCCUUCGCCAACCCGAUGAUGAUGAACCCGAUGAUGAGUGGUAUGGGUAUGCCUGGGAUGAACAUGGCCAACAUGCCAUUCAACCCGAUGAUGAUGCCUCCAAUGGGCGGCAUGAACAUGGGUAUGGGUAUGGGCAUGAACGGGAUGAAUGGGAUGAAUGGGAUGAAUGGGAUGAAUGGGAUGAAUGGGAUGAAUGGGAUGAAUGGGAUGAAUGGGAUGAACGGGAUGAACGGGAUGAACGGGGCCAUCAAUGGAGGCAUGAACGGGAACAUGGGCGGCUACCAGAACCAGCAACCAGGUUGGAUGCGCAAUGGCGGCGUGCCAACUGGACCUGCUGCUGGAAACGACAGUCCGUACAUGCGACAGCCGAUCAACCCGCACAGGCAUCAGGGAAAGCAGAGGAGGCAGAGGAGCGUCGACUACAAGCAGAUGUAG